CACUUAUGAAAAAUGUAAAAUAGUUGAUGCUUACAACAUGGUAAAAGACGGUAGCGCAUCCACACGCAAGGCGGCAAAGACGUUUAACAUACCGUACAGUACACUUAAUGAUAAAGUACAUCAAAGGGUACCUUUGGAAUCAAGAAUGGGACCAAUGCCAACUUUCAGUUUGGUUGAGGAACAUAAACUUUCUUCUCAUUUGAAUAAUUUAGCUUACGUCGGCUACGGAUAUACAAAGUCUGAAAUUACUCGACAUGCGUCUGAUUAUGCCAUAUCUCUGGGUAAAAGGGCGGCAGAUAAACCUUUUUCCACAAGGUGGUAUAGAUCUUACCAAAAACGUCACCCGGAAUCAGAACUUGUGGUUCCUUUUCUUCUGCCAAAUCAAAAGAUAUUGUGCACCAGUGAAGAGAAAAUCUCAAAUUAUUAUGAACAAUUGAAUUGUAUCUUAUUUGAGUACCAUGGUGCUCCUCAACGUAUUUUUAUUAUGGACGAAAUGGAUCUUAAGUUCGAAAUAAAUUAUAAAUAUGAUACUUUAACUGUUAUAGGGGCAGGGAAUGCAUCAGGAGAGAAAAUUCCACCUUAUUUUGUCAUGGUUGAAGGUUUUGAUGAGGAAGAGGACAAUACAUUUAUAAGGAAAUCUCAGCUAGUGACAAAAGGAUUUAGAAACUAUUUAAGUGAUCAUUUUUUAAAUCAUGUUCAAAUGAAGGAAAAUGAAAACAUAAUUGUGUUGUACGAUGGACAUAAGAGUCAUUUAUCUGUCGAUCUAAUUGAAUGGGCAAAAGAACAAAAUGUUGUUUUGUUUGUUUUGCCACCGCAAGAAUCAUGCAUUGUUAAAACAAGAAAUGGAGGUGUAUUUGAAGCUGUAGUAUCAAGCUAUGAAGUUGAGUAUAAAAAACUGAUUAAUAAGAAACAUAAAUUUAAUUCAAAUUUAGAUGUUGUAGCUGUUGCUAAGAAAAUUUAUGACAAAGUGGUUAACCCUGUCGCACUCCGAUCUUGGUUAGAAAAUGCUGGGGUAUACCCUUCACGCGAUGCAAGAACUGUACUUGAAAUUUUAGAAAGUCUAAAUGCGACCUCUUAACCCAUUUAAGAUGGUUACAGCGAACUAUUGAUUGAGUUAUGGUCAGUUGUUUGUUCAUGUGGUCAUUUUAUUGUUAGAGUAUAUGAAUUCAUAAAUUUUGCGUGUUAUGUAAUAUAUAAUGAUGUUAUGUCUAUUCACAGCUUUUGUGGUAUUGUUCAUAAUUUUUUAGAAUUGUUUUUUAAAAUACCUUUCACGCCAUAAUAUGUAUUUGAAUGAUUGACAUCAAUGCCGAUAGAAAGUAUUGGAAUGAUGCAUAAUGUCGAUUCUUGUCAUUUAAGUAUAUUGGCUAUGCAUUUAUUAGCUGAUAUUAAUUUCAUAUAGUCACGAAACGUUUAUAUCAAAAAAUUCGUUUUGGCUUUCUCAUAUAUUUUUGUUUGAAUGAAUGAAUGUUAGUUUGUUUCUUUUUUGAUAUGACUAAAUUUACUGAUUUGUACAUUCUGAAUGGAUCUACAUGUAUUAACAUAUUACGUUUUCCGUAUUUUUACUUUGUUUUGUCUCACUUCGUUCUUCUAAUUCAAGCAAACACACAUGGUCUUUAG